AUGACUGCAGAAGAGCAGCAGUCUCUGUCCUCUCAGCCCCCUCCUCCUCCGGUGCAGAGCAAUUACAGACCCAUGUCCUCCGUGCCCGAGAAACAGCCGCAGAGCUCGGCCAUGGACACCUCUUCCGCGGCACCCGGAGGAGCGCCCGGCAGCGCCCCGGUCAGUGGCGGUCCCCAAGGGAAGAAGACCAACGCGGGGAUCCGGCGGCCGGAGAAACCGCCUUACUCCUAUAUUGCUCUCAUCGUCAUGGCCAUCCAGAGCUCACCCUCGAAACGCCUGACCCUCAGCGAGAUCUACCAGUUCUUGCAGAGCCGCUUCCCUUUCUUCCGCGGCUCCUACCAGGGCUGGAAAAACUCAGUGCGCCACAACCUCUCGCUCAACGAGUGCUUCAUCAAGUUGCCCAAGGGAUUGGGACGCCCGGGCAAGGGCCAUUACUGGACAAUCGACCCGGACAGCGAGUUCAUGUUCGAGGAGGGCUCGUUUCGUCGCCGACCCCGCGGGUUCAGGAGGAAAUGCCAAGCACUGAAGCCCAUGUACAACAUGAUGAACGGGCUCAGCUUCAACCACCUCCCCGAGAGCUAUGGCUUCCAGGGCUCGGCCGGCAGGCUCUCCUGCCCCCCCAACAGCAUCUCCCUCGAAGGGGGUUUGGGGAUGAUGAACGGACAUUUACCCAGCAACGUGGAGGUGAUGGGCUUCGCGGGACACUCUGUGCCCCAUCUGCCUGCCAACGGUGGGCACUCCUACAUGGGUGGCUGCACCGGCUCCUCGGCGGGGGACUACCCGCACAACGAGAGUUCUGUGCCCACCUCCCCGCUGCCUGCCAGCGGCAGCAUGAUGGAGCCUCACUCGGUUUAUUCUAGAUCGGCCUCGGCGGCCUUGAACACUGGCGCAUCCUACAUCAAGCAGCAGCCCCUCUCACCCUGCAACCACACGGCCAACACGCUCUCCUCCAGCCUUUCCACGCACUCCCUCGACCAGUCCUACCUGCACCAGAACAGCCACAACACCGCCGAGCUCCAAGGCAUUCUGCAGUAUCACUCCCAGUCUCCAAGCAUGUGUGACAGAAAGGAAUUAGUCUUCUCUUUCAACGCCAUGGCCUCCUCUCCCAUGCCUUCAUCAGGCAGCGGCUCCUAUUACCACCACCAAGUGACAUACCAGGACAUCAAGCCGUGCAUUAUGUGA